GUUCAAUUCUUCGAAUUCGAGUUUUUUGCCUAACUCUAAAUAGUGACAUAAAAAUCAAAUAACAUCAUAUUUUCUUUAAAUAAAUACACCCGCACGAACGUGCGGGUCAAAAUCUAGUAAUAUAUUAUAAGAUUUGAUUCUUGCAUACUAUAUAGCCUUCCAUUUACAGACAUACAAAAAUAAAUAAUCGUUAUUAAUUUAAAUCAAGAUUUGAAAUUCUUUUGAAAAUAAAUUGACUUCCAUCGAAAUUUUCACUAUAUAUAUCUUUGCUACAUGAAGAAUUUUGUCAAAUCUGCCUCACCUUCAUAGCUACCGGUAGGCCAGGGCAAAUAAACCGGACCCGAUGACCCGUACCGAACCCGCACCGAUAAAACCGGGUCGGACCGGGUUCGGAUCUUGCAAAAAAAACGAAUGGAGCUAAUAAUUUGGUAUAGUGGGUUAUGGACCGGUUCGGGUAAAAUACCCAGAUCCAAUCGGGUUUAAAGUAUACCCGAACUAAAAACCUAAGACUCUAUCUUUCCUAUUUCCCCUCUUUCGAUUUAGGAUUCGAUAUGAAGAAUAUCCUAAAAAUCUCAACUUUCUCUCUCGAAAAAUCUUAAUCUCCCUGAAUCCCGAUACCCAAAAUCCUUUCCUAACUCUUGUCCUCUUCGAAUCUACUCUUCUGCAAGUUGUAAACCCUCGAAUAUCUUCUCUUAUAUAAGUGUUUGAGAUGGAGAAAAAAAUCCAUCAAAAAGUAUUCACCUCCUUCUUCAAAGACGUCAAUAGCACACUCAGAGAUGGAUUCAUCGUCUUGUAAAAACCAACAAAACAGUGGAGCUGACAAAGAAGUUGAAUAUGUAGACUGUGAAACUAUUGAUACGCGUGGGAAGAGGAAGGAAGCAGACACACCGUGUGGAGAGAGUUCUCGGGCAAAUAAGGUGCCAAAAGUUGUUGUGCCGAGGUCUGGUGUGUGGAAACACUCACCACUGACAUUUGGGUUUCUCAGGUGACAGGUGCAAGCUACAUGGUUGUGACUGCACAUUUUGUUUAUCCAACAUGGCAGCUGAAGAAAAUCAUUCUAGGAUUCAAAUUGGUCAUGGAUCAUAAUGGUCAGACAACUUCUACUGUUCUUCUCGAGUGUUUAGCUGAUUGGGGAAUUCGGAAAUUGUUUUCUAUUACGGUAGACAAUGCAACUGCCAAUACCUCAGCUAUUAGGAGAUUCCAUAGGGAUUUCAGUCAAGUGUCGCAUGAUGCUUUAGUGUUGGAGCGGAACUUUCUGCACAUGAGGUGUUGUGCACACAUUAUUAACUUGAUAGCUAAAGAGGGUCUAGGUGAUUUAGGUGAUAAUGUGCUUGCCAUCCGUAAUGCAGUCCAGUAUGUUCGAUCUUCUAGCAAUAGGUUGAAUUGAUUUGAACAAAGGGUUACUACUGGGAAGAUGACACGAGGUAGCCUGCCUAUGGAUGUUAAGACUAGGUGGAAUUCAACAUUCCUCAUGCUGUCUAGAGCAUUACAGUUUAGAGUUGCUUUUGAUAGGAUGGAAGCAGAGGACAGGUUGUAUAAUGACUACUUUUUAGAAGUAGAAAAUGGGGUUAAGAGGCAAGGACCGCCUGAUGUUGUUGAUUGGAAUGCUGUGGAUAAGCUUAAGAGGUUUCUAAUCAUAUUCUACAACAGCACCUUGGUUGUCUCUACUUCCUCAAAAGUCAACUCCUACAAAUGCUAUGGUGAGAUAGUGACAAUUGAGAGGAAUCUCACAGCAUUGGCUAACAACCUAGACCCGGAUUUGAAGCUGAAAGCUGAAGAUAUGUUGCACAAGUUUCUGAAGUAUUGGGAUGGCAUGAAGAAUGUGAAUAGGAUGUUGAUCAUUGCAUCAGUAAUUGAUCCAAGGAAGAAGAUGAAUUUCGCAAACUUAUGCUUUGAGAAACUGUAUGGGAAGGACAGUUUCGAGUCUAAGGAAAUGACUGCGUCUGUUCUUGAUCUCCUUACAAGCAUGUUCCAGGAGUAUUCUAGCCGUUUCAGAGGUGCUAGUACUCAAUCCUCUCAGACGAAGCAAACACCAUCUGCGAGUGUUCAGGAGACUCAAGAGCAAAUGGAGAGGUUGAAGUUGGUUGUUGAAGAUUUCGGUUACGAGAGGAUGGAUUCUGUGUACAAGGAACUUGUUUCUGAAACAGAAAAUAAGGCAAGGGAUGAGCUGGAAAUGUACUUGAAGGAACCUGUUGAGAAUCAGAAGCUUAUGAUUGGAUUUGAGUUUGAUAUUCUCGGUUGGUGGAAGGUGCACAAAAUCAAGUUUCCAGUUUUGGCAGAGAUGGCAAGGGAUCUACUUGCGAUGCAGGUUUCCUCGGUGGCUUCUGAAAGUGCUUUUAGCACAAGUGGUAGAAUUUUAGAGCCAUAUAGAAGCUGUCUCACUCACUACAUGAUAGAAGUGCUGAUGUGUAGUGAGCAAUGGAUGAAAGCUGAUAUCAAGUUUGCUGAAAAAGUCCAAACUAAUGAGCAGAUUCUAGCUGAAGUUGAAAUGCUAGACAAGCUUGAGAAAGAGUUUGAGAAUGUAACACUUGAAGACUGAAGCUUGAAGCUGGAGAUCUUUUUGUUUUCAUUUUGGUGUUGGUUUUUAUUUCCUUUUCAUUUGAGAUAUUGUCGUGCUCUAGCUUUGACAAUUGCUUUUAAGGUUUUGGUGUUUUUCUAUAUUUAUGUCUUUUUCUUAGUACGUUGAAUUUUAAUAAAGGUUUAGAGAUUUGCUUUCAUUAGUUACGUUUUGAUAUUGUUACUUCAUGUUUUGAUCUGGAUGAACACAAUAGGUUCAUUGUUA